AUAACGCGUAAAGUCGAUCCCGCCCCUAGUAUCUGUUGAACAAGGAAGCUGUUCCCGAUGGUGGCGAGGUAAACAAAAUACGAUAAAUUACCAUUUCACCACUGUACGAAUCGACCUCGAAUCCUUCUAAACGUUUAUAAACAUUGAUGCGAACUAUUAAUUGCGAUCCACGAUUAAAACGAUUAACAGGCAAGGCCUACCUGUUGCAUCUAAUCUUCGGCACGGCCUCAACGUUCAGCGCGUCUUCAGAAUCAGAUCAACCAGAGCAGCAUGGCUAAACUGAACGGUGACACGUACAGCUGCUGCACUUUCACCUGUGUCCUAGUCCUUCUUGUCAUAGUGGACACGGGGGAUGCCUUCAUCGAUCCCAGUCGGAACAAAUCACUGGUGUCCGUGAAGACACUGUCUGAUUUACCAACCUCACGGGACAUAGUAGUGAAAGAGGGAAGCAGCACACUCAUUGAAUGCAAUGUUACUGGAAGCCACAACGAUAUUAUGUGGUACAAUUCAAAAGGGCACAUAUUGGAUGAAGAAGGAGAUGGCAAAUGGCUGAUACUGGACAAUGGAAUCUUAAACAUUACCACAGUGACCUUUGAGGACCGAGGCAGAUAUACAUGUAUCGCCUUAAGUUCGAAUGGAACGUCAAACUACACCAUCACAUUGCGUGUGGCUUACACACACAGUGGCCUGGGACUGUAUUACAUGAUCGUCUGCCUUGUCACGUUCACGGUCACCAUGAUCCUGAAUGUCACACGCCUCUGCAUGGUCAGCACACACCUGAAGAAGACCGAGAGUGCCAUCAACGAGUUCUUCCGCACAGAGGGGGCUGAGAAACUGCAGAAGGCCUUUGAGAUCGCCAAACGCAUACCCAUCAUCACCUCUGCCAAGACCCUUGAACUGGCUAAGGUCACGCAGUUCAAGACGAUGGAGUUUGCCCGGCACAUUGAAGAGCUGGCGCGCAGUGUCCCACUACCUCCGCUCAUUCUGAACUGCAAGGCCUUUGUGGAUGACAUUCUGGAGACUGUCCAUUUGGAUCCAGCAACACCAAGGGCGGGGCCCAUGGCCCAGAAGGCCAUAGAAGCUCCUCCCUGCGCUGGUGAAAGUGGGGAGGUAGCCUGCAGUGUCCCUCCAGCAGAUGGACCAGACGUGGAGAGGCACGAGGAGGAUCAGGAGGACACCUCAGUGGUGAACAGCAUGGACAUUACGGUCUCCGUCCACCCCAUUAGCUCCAGCGAGGCUGAUGCUGUGGUUGUGGUUGAGGAGAAUGACUCUGACGUCACAGUACCCAUGCUACAGUCAAGCACUGCUGGGCAGGAGGACUUUGACCCAAAGACAUAGGCCUUCUGUAGGCCUCAGUACAGAGUGCUGACACAACUAGGAUGAAAAGGACAUGGCUGCAGCCAGUACAAUAGCGCUGUGUUUAUAAAUGGGGAGUGGUUAUUCUCAGCAGAGAGAGUCGUUGAGUGUUUAUGUAUGGGUAUUUUUUUCUGGUGAUUGUUGUGAAUGUGAAAAAAAAAAGGAAAACAAAACCUUCAAGUGCUAGCUACUUGCAGUGAUGAUGUUGUGAUGCCACUGUGCUGUGUGUUCAUUACUGGGGUGUCAUGUUGACCUGAACGGUGUAAUGAAUUAGUGUCUUUACCAAGUUGUGGAGUACGUGCUCUCAGUCCUAGUAGUACACAAACAGAGCAUGGCAAUCUUUACUGCUGGAGUAGUGAGCCCUGGGUAACUGAACCUAGAGCCUCCCAUAUGAGCCAUCUGUUCGGUACAAAAACUUGGUGGGAGACACAUACAGCUUAUCUUCUUUAUAUAAAUCGAAAUUUAAUUCUUAAUAUCCUUCUGGGAUUCUUAUGGGAAACUUCAUUGUUGCCAUCAUAACUGAAGUCCAGCAUUGGCUGAAUGGCCUAGAGGCUGAAGCCAACCAGCUUGAACCUAUUCUCCAGUUAGCAUUUGUGGAUGUCUGUGGAAGACCACUGGCAAAACCGUUGUUUAGUUUAUAUUGAAACAUUCAAUUAUACAUAUUAUUUUUUCAUAUGUAAUAUUUUUUUAAAUCUGCCAUCGUACAUCUACUUAGCCAAAGCAUGACCAGCAGUGCCAAAAUAUGGCAACUUGCAGCUCCACUAAACAUUUUGUAAUGUUAUACAUACACAUUGCAUGUGUUUAGCUAAAAUGUGAAUUCUAUUUGAAAGACAUUCUAUUUAUGAAAGACAUUAAAACCUAAGCAUGGAGUGGCUGUGUAUUGUUUCUCUAUUGAAGGGCCUUCCUAGGAAUAAAUAAAAUAAUACACCU